AUGCCCGACAAGAAAUCUUCAGAAGUGCAAGUCAAAGAUCACAUGCAGCUCGCCGAAAUCCUCUCCGACAUCACCUCUCUCCGCGUUUGCGACCCGAAAGCAGCCCUCGCACUCGUCUCCGCGCGCCCUUCUCCCGACCAUGCCCCAUCUGAGGCCAAAGGAACCGUUGACGCCGCCGCCGACGACGCAGACCUGACGCGCGCGAAAGACCUCGUCGAGCUACACUACCGCCUCCGAGAGGCGCACAAGAGAGGAGAGUUGUCUAGCGGGCUUGAGGAGGCAAGGGCGGCAGUCGGGAAGGCUGUCCGGGCUGGUUGA